AUGGGGGCAUAUGUGUCGAAUGAAGGCGAAACGCCUACAUUCGACACAUAUAGAGGAGGAAAGAGCUACAGUAGCUUCGUCGACGUCACAUUCCACUCCGCCAACCUUUUAGGAUUGGUGGAGGAAUGGAGGGUCGAGGAGGCACUGACCAGCUCGGACCACAACGCCAUCCUGUUUAAAAUAAGAGGAACAAAAUUGAAAGGAAUAAUGAUAGAAAGGACCACGAGGAUAUACAAAACGGGGAAGGCGCACUGGACUGAUUUUCGUGAGAAAAUCGGCCAGCUGCUAGAAAGGAAAAGUAUAAGCGCAGAGACCCUAGACAAGAUAAGAACAGAAGAGGAGCUGGAUAGGGUGGUCGAGGAGUACACAGAAAUGAUAAAGGAAGUAUGCGAGGAAAGCCUACCGAAACUUUGA